UAAAUGAUUCACGUGACAUCACUUUUUCCCUUCCCACAUUCUGUGCGCUUAAAAAAGAAGUAAAAGAUCCCUUAGAUCCGAUGCGAAUAGAGAAAUCCGACUUCCGGCGCGAAUCAUACAGUCCCUGUUUCCGGUCGUGACGUCACCCAUGCAAAUCCUUUCCAGCUGAUUUUCUCGCUUCACUCAGAAAUCCAAAUCUGACGUUUUCUAGCCAUCGCUGGCUGGAAACUUGAUCUGUACGUUGUUGUAUUAAACAAUACUGUAUUGUGUUAUUCCUUUACGUCGACUAGAUGAUGAACCAGUUGAUAAUGCGAUUGUAGCAGCCUCGGAACGGCGGACGAGCAGCGUGCAGUGGAAGGCAUUCUCAGCAUUCCGACUGAAAAUGGUGAAAGUCGUGGUGGUGCCUGGCAGAAAAGCCAUGAUCCUGCGCAUGGCUGCUGCUGCUCUCGGAAUCAGCGCCGGCCUGAUGGUAGCCUUGUAUUUUAUUGGAAAGAAAAACUGGAAUAUUGUGUUCUGGGGUUUCUUCUCGGCUCUCUGGGCAGUGGCUGCUCUCUUACUGCACAUCUUCUACAAGCGAGGCAAACUGGCCAUGUACUCCAGUAAGCUGACGUCGGUGAUAUACACGGGAAUCGUGGGACAAGUGAUCGGAGUGAUCGCGUUCAUCGUCUACAUUGUUCUGGGUGCUGUCCAUGGCGAUAAUCUGAGUAACAUGGAGACGACGGAGUUCGUGGCCAGCGUGUGGGGCUUCAUGACGUGGAAGUGGGCGUUCGUGCUGUGGUGGUACGGUCGGCAGUAUCGGCAUAUUGUCCUGGAGGAGGCGCUGAUCCCGGUGGAGGACGACACGACCAUCGUCGUGGAGGCCGACACCAACACCGUCAUCAAAGCCCCCGAGGUGGUCGCCUGACCGCUGGCUGCCACCCUUUCCCUGUGUCUGUGAUUUCUUCAACAUAACGUACACUCUGCCGUCCGUUUCAGGACGCUUUCGGAUUGAAAUGCUUUAUUCCUUUUUUACUGAUCAAUGUUUGUUGCGUAUUGUAGUGUGAUAACUCGGUGAAAAAAGGACUCUGUGUGAGUGUUUGUAAUUAAAGAAUUUUGUCGGAUUA